UCUUCCAACGUAUCUUGGCGCUGCCUUAUCCUCCUCCCUCCCUCUUUCGUUCCUCCGCUUGCACGGAAGAGAGAGAAAAGAGGAGAAAAUGACCGCAACGUUGUCCUCCGCCCUCUCUCUCUUCUCCCCUUGCUCUUCCACCUCCUCCGCGUCCCCCCUCCGCGUCCCUCCCCAAACCCUAAAAUUCCCCUUCCAACCCCUCGUCAGCUUCCCCUCCCGCCGCGCCGCCUUCGUCGCACCCAUCUCGGCCGCCGCCGUCUCCCCCAAGAUCGAGGAGCUCGCCUCCCAGAUUGAGAAGCUUACCCUCGAGGAGGCCCGCGGCCUCGUCGACUUCCUUCAGGAGCGCCUCGGCGUCUCCGCCGCCGCCUUCGCCCCCGCCGCCGUCGCCUCCUCCGGCGCCCCUGCCGACGCCUCCGCCGCCGCUGGUGGAGCCGCGGCCGUGGAGGAGAAGACCGAGUUCGACGUGGUGAUCGAAGACGUUCCCAGCAACGCCCGGAUUGCUACGAUUAAAGUGAUUCGGGGUCUGACGAAUCUGGCGCUCAAGGAGGCCAAGGAUUUGAUCGAGGGGCUGCCGAAGAAGUUCAGGGAGGCUGUGACGAAGGAGGAGGCCGAGGAGGCGAAGAAGAAAAUCGAGGAGGUCGGAGCGAAGGUCUCCAUCGUCUGAGUUUACUCUGGAUUGGGUGAGGAAUGCAGAGAGAAUGACAAGAAGCCAUUGUCAAGGUUUUCGAAAUCUGUUCUUUUUACUCUAUAAGUUCAAUUUUCUUGUUUGUAAAAUCGUGCGGAUAACCUAUGCAUUGUAUUGUAGUUUUACUUAUUUAUUUUCCUUUCAAUAGUUUCAGCAUGAGAUAUUAAUUUUGUUUCCACUCGAGUCA